AUGCAGCUUCAGUUCAAGUUACCCCUCAAAAGAUGGUAUAGAACUGCUGUACCUAAUCUUUCCGAGCAUCGGCCGCUGUCGAAGUACAAACUGAAGUGUGGACUCGAGAUUCACACGCAAUUAGAUACCAGAAAGAAACUGUUCUCGCAGUCAACCAAUGAUCCAUUUCAUUCCCUAGAAAGACCUAAUAUGCAUACAUCUUAUUUCGAUAUUGCUCUACCCGGUACUCAGCCAAUUUUAAAUUAUGAAGCUGUACUUUAUGCCAUACGAUUGUCUUUGGCGAUUGACGCUAAAGUUAAUCUUCAAUCAAGCUUUGACAGAAAGCAUUACUUCUACGGUGAUCAGCCUAUGGGUUAUCAAAUCACACAACAUUACCGACCUUUUGCGACUGGAGGUCAAAUCAAAUUAAACACGGAUAUUGAUGGGGUUGAUGACAAGAAUAUCAGAGUAAUACAGUUGCAACUUGAACAAGAUACAGGAAAAUCAGUGUACAAAGAAAACGAAGGUCUUACCUUGAUUGAUCUCAAUAGAAGCAAUGUCCCUCUCAUAGAAAUGGUUACACAUCCUGACUUUACGGAUGUAAAGCAAAUACGAGCAUUCAUUAAAAAAUACCAGAACCUUGUUCGCCAUCUGAACGUGUCGACUGGCGACUUAGAGACAGGUGCAAUGAGGGUGGAUGUGAAUCUGUCGGUCAACGAUUUUGCCCGGGUUGAAUUAAAAAACUUGCCAAAUACCAGUUCCAUAAUAAAUGCUAUCAAAUUUGAAUUUCACAGGCAAGUGCAAAUUAUAGAGGAUGGGAAGGGCCCUGAGCUUCUGCUGCAUCCCGAAACAAGAGGUUGGAAUGGCGAAGCAACCGUCAAACUGCGGAGCAAGGAAACUACCAUUGACUAUAGGUACAUGCCGGAUCCCGAGCUCCCGGUUAUCAGUUUGUCCCCUCUUGCGGUCGAAGGCGUGGCCAAAGGUUUACCGCCAGCGCCAGAGGACGUCAUCAAGAAACUGAUGGCUGCACCAUAUUCUUUGUCGCUGAAAGAUGCAAAACUACUUACCAUCAAAGGCAACAGUCAAGACCAAAUGUAUACGCAGCCAGAACUGCUGCAGUUUUAUGUUGAGACGUUCCGUUGCUACUUGAAAGAUGUCAAAAAGAGCGGAGACGGCAAGAUUAACUACAAACUUCCAACUAACUGGAUCAUCCACGAACUCCUCGGAACCCUGAAUAAGCUCCAGAUGCCACUUAAAAAAGUGACGGUAAUCAUGAAACCUGAGAAGUUUUCGGAAUUUUUGAUGCUUAUUCAUAGGAAAGAGAUAUCGAAUGCGACAGGAAAAUUACUUCUAUUCCAUGUCGUCGAGAAUCUCGAUUUGAUCAAAGACAAGAAAACUCUGGAUUUUGCAAGCCUGAUUGAUGAGUAUGACCUGGGAAAAAUCAGCCAAAUUGACGAUCGUGAACUGGAGAAAAUAUGCCAAGAUAUAAUAGUCCAAAUCGAAGAUAAAAAGCUUAUCGAAAACAUUGUUUCGGGGAAAAAGAAGAAUUCGAUAAAAUAUCUAAUAGGAUUAGGGAUGAGACUUUCGCAGGGAAGAAUCUCACCCCAGGAGUUUGAGAGGAUGUUCAAAAAGCUACUUGGCAUAUAG